AUGGCAGCAUGGUUAGACCUCUCACACGACGACGCAACGAGCUGGUCCCUGGUCGAUACGGGCCGGAUGGAUGACAUCGUGCAGAGCAUGAGCCAUCCCGCCACACAGUACCCGUUCGUCCUCUCGUUCCUGGGCAAUGACAGUCGGGUGGCAGCCCUGCGUGCGCUCUUUCCCCAGAACAAUGUUACCCGCCGAGGACCAGCUGGUCUGGUCCGGUUGCAUCUCAGUACCACGACCGCCAAUACCGAGCAUCCAGUGUGGUUCACCGAGAGCAGUUUCGCCCGCACACCGACGAUUGACGGGUCCACCAUAGCGCCAUCCGCCGACCGUUCUCGACGGUACCCAGUUCGGCAAGGCGGAUUCGAAACGCCGUGUGACAUCAAAGACCACCUCCUCACGAGACUGGUGUUUCCGUGGACGCACGUAGCGUGUUUCUUUGCGGACGGAGAGAACGAGCUGAAGGCCCUGACCAGCUGGUUGGCGGCAACCCAUGGAGACAACCACGCCAGCCCCUCGGACACACCAAGCCUGGUGCGAGUCAUAUUGAUCCUGACGGUCCCAACCGCUAUCUACAACGCCGACCCGGUGGAGGCGGGGUUGCCCGGUUCAGACGUUGCGGGCGAGCAACGGCCGACAAUAUCGGUCCUGGACCUGCGCGAUCGUCAUCAGUUGUCGCCCUCUGCCCUCUAUGCCCCACUGCAGCGUCUCCUGCUAGACGGACUCCAGGACAGCCGGGCAGAACGCAUACAGCAGGGCCUGCUCUUCUCCGCCGUCCAUCUCAAGUUCAUGUGGCAUAGGUGCCUGGUACAAAGUCUUCUGCACCCGGCUGCCCGAACCAAUUGUCUCUCCCUCGCUCGGGAACGACUGCCGGUGCCCUUUGCGUUCCACGAUGGGCUCGCAGACUUGCUCGGGGAGGCGUGCAAGAUCGGGUGCCCGAUCCACGACCUCCGUCAGUUUGUAGCGUCGGCUCUUUUGAUGGACGCCUAUCCUCCAGGGAUGCAUCGCUUCCGACCCCAGCACGUCUGUGAUAGUUUGUAUCGGGAUCUUUGGCUGACAGCACCGAAACUGGGCGAAGGCCCAGACUGGGCCCAACAUGGUGACGCUAUUCGGGAUGCGUUCAUCGACAGUUUCGCCCACAUGGGCCCCCUGAAAACCUCGCUCACAAUCCGGAAAGAGGCACUGAGGUGCUUCGGCGCACAGUGGCCCGACCUCACGUUGCCCACGAUGUGCCUGUUCUGUCUCGGCCGACCCGCGGAACACCAGCUACCCUGUCGACAUGCGCUCUGCGAUACCUGCGUGGUCAUCUUUGGACGGCCGACCCGCGGAGCCGAAUAUCACCAAGAUCUCUCGCAGUGUCCCCUGUGUCAGGGUGUGGUCGAACGCACGGUUCGGCAGUUACCACCGACCAAGCGGCCCGUCGUGCUCGCACUGGAUGGAGGCGAGAUCCGUGGCAUCAUCACCCUCGGCCUCCUGCAAGAGCUGGAGAGACGACUCGCGGGCAGCAUCGUACUAUCCGACAUUCCUGAUCUGACGGCCGGCGUCAGCGUAGGCGCCUUCAUCGGAACGGACAUCGUGCACAACAGUGUCUCCGCCGCAGAUGCCUACCGGAAGUUCCCUGGCUUUGCACGGAAGGUGUUUCCGACCUCGGGUAUCCCGCUGGGUAGAUGGCCCUGGCUGAGAGUCAUCAUAGGCCUUUACAACGAUAGCCUGUACGACGCAGACGCGCUGGAUCAAACAAUUCGGACUGUUUGCGGGCCAACUCGUCGGGUAUUUGACGCAGGGACGACAUCGGCCGGGGGCCAUCGUCUCGCAAUUGUCGUUAGCCGGACAUCUGACGGCAAGCCUGUGGUCUUCCCCGACUAUCAUGGUGUGGGGCGGAUGGGCAUCGAUUCAGGAUAUCAGGUCAUGAUGCGUCAAGAUGGGACUCAGAAUCCCUUAUUGUCGGACGUCGUGGCGGCUCCCGGGUUCUUCCGCUCCAAACUUCUCCCAGGGCUCGGCCCCUUCCAGGACGGGGGAAUCCGCGCCAAUAACCCCCAUGGAAUUGCGCAGGCCGAAUGUCGCCGGGUCUGGCCGUCGGCCCGGACGCAUGAUCUACUCGUGUCCGUCGGAACAGACUACAUCCCAUCGACGGCGGACUCGAACGCCUCCCCCAGCCACGCCGGCCGUAGCCUCCACGACACGGCCCCUCUUCGUCUGUGGCGGGCGUACUGCUCGUCCCCGUGUAUGGACGGGAUCGCAGCCUACAAGGAAGGCCUGCACCAUGUUCCACACGCCAUGCGGUUUCGUACGUUCCGGCUGGACGAUGCCCUGGACGGCAACUUGCCCCGGCUGGACGAUGUCGGACAACUGGCGGCGCUGACGAGCCGGUCGUACCGAGUACCAGACGAGCUGGUCCGAGCGGUGUUGGCUACGUGUUUUUUCUUUGAACUAGACGAGGCUCCUACCCUCAUUCGGGGUCAGUACUAUUGCCGGGGGUCCAUCCUGUGCGCGCGACGGCAGGCACGACGGAUCAUGGAGCGGGUGCUGGUGGAGUUCCCGGGCGCCGAAGAGUUCCUCCACCAGCAUCAAGCCGACGCGGUCUUUGGUCGGUCCGACCACCAAACCGACCGAUGGCCACCUCGGCGAAGGUGCUAUUGCGCGAGAGGGACCAAGCGGGUUGUGCAAUUCCAGGCACCGCCUCCAGAGCGCAAGAAACGGCGUUUAUAG